UAACAGCAACUAGGUUAUUCCAAGCUCUUGUCCAUAUGUUUGCUAUAAGUUAACAAUGACAAAAUUAUAUCGAUAAUAGAACGUCAUUCAAUUCAUUGAUUUUUUUUAAUUAUUGUAAUAAAUAUUCUACUGAAAAUUAAAUUUCCAAUUAAUCUGCUAUAUUUUUGAAUAUUUUAAUAUAACGAUUGUAAAUAAUACCAUCACCAUUCUUAAUUUAAAUUUGAAAAAAUAUGUUAUCCUUUGUGUUUUUAAAUAUAAUUUGAUUUCACUCUUAUUAUUUUAAUGCAAUGUUUGGACUACAGAAUUUGGUAAUAAAAAAUACUAAGUAGCAACAAACAAUAACUAGUGUGUUAGUUGGUGUGAUAUCUGCAUGGAGAUUAUAGAAUGGCUCAAAGUCAACAAAAUGCGACGCCAGUAACUCCACGCGAUACCAAAGAUGGAAAUAUCAUUUCGGAGAUAAUAAAGAAAACAUUGGAUGUUAAUCGAUAUGCUACAAAGAAAACUAUUGCUCAAGGUUUCCUGAAUGUUGCAUUAUUAACUGCAAACGCCGCACAGUUAAAAUAUGUGUUAACCGUUGGAGAAAGUCAUCCUUUUUAUAUCUUACUAAUAGUUCUCAUUUCAUUGAGCAUACUACUUCAGGUGAUUCAGGCCUGCUUUUCAGUAAUUUUGGCAAGUAAAUUGGAUAUAAAUAAAGAACAUCAACAAGAAAACGCAAACAAGACCAACAAUGUAGUACUCUGUUUAAAUAUCGUCAUAAUGGCGAUAAAUAUAUUAAUAAACGUUUUUGCAAUGAAGGAUGAUGAUUGAUAAAAAGGAACAUGGUGACCUUGUGAUACAUAAAAUGCAUGUACUCGUUUUGAAAUAUUCACUUCGCAAUAGUCACAUAUUAUUCAAACCACUCACUAUUCAUUUUAUAUUUUUAAUUAUAUGUAAGAGUUUGGUAUUAUUAAACGACUAUUGAAGCA